AUGUCACCUUCCCUAUCGAUAUUUAUUGUAGCAAGUGAAGAUAAAACUAAUGAAGAUGAAAUAAGCAGUGAAAAUGAUAAAUCUGAGUUUGUAGUAGAUUAUAAAUUAUUUGUCAAAAUAGCAAAUAGGGUUUUAUUAUCUGCUAAAUGGUUUAAAGAAUCU